CAAUGAUGAGAAGGAGCCUCACUAGAGUACCAUCCGUACUUCUGAACAAUAAGAGGACAAACAAUAUCGGACUUUUCAAUAUUGGAUUCAAAUCAGCUGACUAUGCUACCAUUAGAUUAGUGGACAGAGCAGAGGAGAGAAGAAAGGAAAGAAAAGAAGAAGAGGACAAGAGAAGGGAAUCAAACAAGGAUGAAUACUCUAAUAAUAAUGGAGGUGAAAAGAAGGAACCAUUCAUCAGUUUUACUCAAUUCCUCUUCUUUGGCAUUCCUGCAAUUACUACAUUUUGUUUGGGAAUUUGGCAAACAAGAAGAUACUUGUGGAAGAAGGAUCAAAUUAUAUUGAGAGAAGUCACUCUUGCUCAAGACCCAAUUCCAUACAAUGGCUCUGAAAUGUUAAAGACAUCUCCUGUGGAGGAACCAGAAUCUUCACCAUCAUUGCAUGAAAAAACAGAGGAAAAUUAUGAUCCAAUUAAUCCUGCAAAGGAUGAAUAUGUACAUAGAAUUGUAACAUUGGAAGGUUAUUUUGAUUAUAGUAAGGAAAUUGUGGUGGGUUUGAGAAAGAGUCCUCUCACCAAGAGAUUGGAUCUUCCAACUACAAUGGGAGAGAUGGGAUACUUUAUUUUGACACCAUUUGUUUUGAAGGAUGGUGAAGUUGUAAUGGUGAAUAGAGGUUGGGUUCCAAAGACUGUCUACCAUCAUGGAAAUCCGGAACCGCAAGACUUUGAAAAGAAGAUGACUGAUCCAACUAAUACUGAGAAAAUCACAGCAAUUAUCAGACCUGGAGAAUAUCUUGGAGCUGGUAUCUCUGAGAGCUAUGAUGGAAAAACAAACAAAUUCAUUGCCAUGGAUCUAUUCUCAAUUGCCAAAUAUUAUGAAAUGUCAUAUAUUCCACUUCUCUUGGAUCAAUUCCAUCACAUUCCAAACUUUGUCUAUGAUGAAAAGGAAACAAGUGAACACUCUCUCAAAGCUUCAGAGGCUCAACCAACCAAGUAUCCAAUGCUCGCAAUUCCUGAUGAUUACAUGAAAUUCUACAUUACACCUGCUACUCACGUUGCUUAUAUGGCCACUUGGUACAGUUUAUGUUUGUGGAUUAUUGGUACAUUUGUCUAUUUCAAGAGAAAGAAGAGAAUUUCAAAUUUCUAAAUUGAUAAUUUAUGGUUUAUUUGGAGAGUAUAUACAGAUCAUUAUCUCAGCAUUAUCUGAAAUAGAAUACAAUUUCAACAAGGUUAAUCAUCCUUAAUAGUGGUGCUCACAUUACCGAGUAUUGAAUAUUGGGAGGUGACAUAUAAAUUAACGUUUAGAAUAGU